UUUCCAUUCGACAUUUUCUUCUCCAAAAAGGGGUCAGAAAUGGCUCCGAUGACCCUCUAUUCCACUGACUCCUUCCCCAAUUUUUCCCAAUUCAAAACCUCACCCAAAUAAAUACAGCUUACUGUUUCGAAUCCCAGGUUUUGCAGUUAUUGAAUUUUGGAAUUUUUGCCCAAAUCUUUAAGACUGGAGCUGGCCGUGGACCCAGCUUCUACUCGUCGGCUGGCUCUGAAAAUGAACGCCUCUCUCUCUGUAGAAAUAACAUUGGUUUUUGGGGUUCCGUCUUCUCUCUGUUAAUUCGGUCAACUCAGCUGUCAAAGGCUACUGCCCCACCUAAAGGGUCGACUUCGUCCAGCCCCUUUUCUUACUCUGAUAUAUAUGGCGGUUCUCUCUUAAGAACCACUUCAUUUUAUUGCUUUCUAAGCCUGACCAUCUUCUAAAUCUUCUGUCAUCUGCGUUUUCUUGCAUUUGGGUCGUGUUUGGAACCUGAGAAUGUUGCUGGUUUUGUAUUUGUGUCUGAGUUUGUUGUACGGCAGAGCGUGGGCGGCGCCGGCCGCCGAUGGCCCGACGAGGGAGCUCGAUCAGACUCCGACAUGGGCCGUCGCCGGUGUUUGUGCUAUUAUCAUCAUCAUUUCAAUUGCCUUGGAGAAACUCCUCCAUAAAGUUGGAACGUGGCUUACGGAAAAGCACAAGAGAGCUCUUUUUGAGGCUCUGGAAAAGGUUAAAGCUGAGCUGAUGAUUCUGGGUUUCAUUUCACUACUUCUGACCUUUGGGCAGAACUAUAUUGUUAAAAUCUGCAUUCCCACAAAGGUUGCAAACACUAUGUUACCGUGUGCGGCCAAAGUGGAAAAGGACUCAAGUGCAGCCGAUGAAAGCGAACACCGUCGAAGACUUCUAUGGUAUGAACGUAGAUUCUUGGCUGCUGCUGGCGGUGCUGUUAGUUGCAAGGAAGGUCAUGUGCCGCUUAUAUCGAUCUCGGGAUUGCAUCAGUUGCACUUAUUUAUCUUCUUCUUAGCUGUAUUUCACGUAGUAUACAGUGCUAUCACAAUGAUGCUUGGGCGGCUAAAGAUUAGAGGUUGGAAGGCAUGGGAGGAGGAAACCUCAACUCACAAUUAUGAGUUCUCAAACGAUCACGCACGAUUCAGGCUUACUCAUGAAACGUCAUUUGUGAGAGCCCACACAAGCUUUUGGACUAAAAUUCCCGUCUUCUUUUAUAUUGGGUGCUUCUUCCGACAAUUUUUCAGGUCCGUUGGUAAGGCUGACUAUUUGACGUUACGCAAUGGAUUCAUUGCUGUUCAUCUAGCUCCAGGAAGUAAAUUUGACUUUCAAAAAUAUAUUAAAAGAUCUCUAGAAGACGACUUCAAGAUUGUUGUGGGAGUGAGUCCCGUGCUUUGGGCGUCAUUUGUCCUUUUCUUGCUCGUAAACGUUGAUGGAUGGCAGGCAUUGUUUUGGUCAUCCUUAAUCCCUGUAAUCAUAAUCCUGGCUGUUGGAACAAAGCUUCAAGGAGUUAUGACAAAAAUGGCUCUUGAAAUUACAGAAAGACAUGCUGUUGUCCAAGGAAUUCCUCUUGUUCAGGCAUCAGACAAAUAUUUUUGGUUUGGAAAACCUCAGUUGGUUCUUUAUCUCAUCCAUUUCGCAUUAUUUUCGAAUGCGUUCCAAAUAACAUACUUCUUCUGGAUCUGGUAUUCGUUUGGGCUAAAAUCCUGCUUCCAUUCAGAUUUCAAGAUGGCAAUUAUAAAAGUUGGUUUGGGGGUUGGUGUCCUUUGUCUUUGCAGCUAUAUUACUCUUCCACUGUAUGCUCUUGUGACUCAGAUGGGUACGCGUAUGAAGAAGUCGAUCUUUGACGAACAAACAUCAAAGGCUCUCAAGAAGUGGCACAUGGCUGUAAAGAAGAGGCAAGGAAAGUCCCCAACUCGAAACCUGGGGAGCCCGGCCACUUCGCCGAUGCAUUCGUCAGCAGGAUACACAUUGCAUCGUUUCAAGACCACAGGUCACUCAAACAGAUCAUCCAUGUAUGAGGAGAAUGAGGCAUCUGAUUAUGAAGUUGAUCCAUUGUCACCUAAAGAAUCAACUCCAAAUUUUACGGUUAGAGUAGACCGUGGUGAUGAACAUCAAACCGAAAUAAGCGAAUCCCAGCAUGGGGAAAAGCUGAGGAAUGAAGAUGAAUUCUCAUUUGCCAAGCCUGGGCCAUUAAAAGGACCAUGAAAAUAUUCUGAUUGAGAUUAACAUUUGAUUUUGUGUAUCCUUUUGAGUUGGAUUUUUUUCCAGACUUUCACACGUAGGAAUUAAAAUUGUAGCAAAUGAUUUGUAUAUUCUUGGGUUGUUUAUAAAUUGUUGGGUGUUCAUUGGCCAGAA